AUGCACUUUUGGAAUGCGCAGCAGGCCUACUUUGACUUUUCGGCGCAGGCGCCGCCGCCCGUGGUCGAGCAUGAUGUGUCGUUCCGCGCGGGCCAGGGCACCGACGGCCUCGAUACGUACACGCCGCGUGCGCUGCUCUUCGAUGUGCGGAGCGAGUUUGGCGCCAUGGCGCGCAUCAACGAGCUGUACGCCACGGGGGACGAGGAGGCUGAGUGCGAGACGGUGCCUACCGCGGAGCGCGUCGUGCCAAGCGAGUGGACCGACCUCGGCGCCGCAGCGGAGCGGCGGCGCGGGCGCCCGCGCUACUGGUCGGACUAUGCGUCCGUGCUCUUCCACCCGCGCUCGCAGGUGGCGGUGGCCGCGCCCGCGCUGUAUGGCAGCUCGUUCCUCGCGGCGCCCGAUGCGGACUCGGCGAGUCCGGCGCCGUGCUCGUUUGCGGACGGCGUGCGCGUCGCGCACGCCAUGGAGGGCGAGCAGCGCGUGAUGGAGGAGCAGGUGCGCUGGCUCGCAGAGGAUAGCGACCUGAUGCAAGGGUUCCAGGUCGCUGCGAGCGCGUCGGAUGCAUUUAGCGGCAUCGCCAGCGCGUACCUUGGCCUCUUGGCCGACGAAUACCCCAAGACAGAGCGCCACGCGACGCUCCUAGCGCGCGCCAUGCCGGCGCCCCACGCGCGCGUCGCGGCGAUGAACGAGGUGCUGGCGCUCACGCACGCCGCGGAGCAUGCGCAUCUUGUGGUGCCUGUGCACCUGCACGGCGCCGCACAACCACGCGCCCUCGUGCAGCGCACCGAGAGCAUGGCGACACUGCGCGCGCGCCUCGCGUGGCGCGGCGACACGCCGAUUGUGCAGCUGGGCGGCUGUAUGCCGACGCCCUUGCUCGCCCCCGUUGCGCCGAGAGCCGACGUGGAUGCCCUGGUGGAUGCGAUGCUCGCGGCGCGCGGCUACGCGGCGCCCCAGCCGCCGGCGCCGGCGCCGAGCUUGGACGGCCGGGGCGCCCUCGCUGCGGCAUGGUGGGAUCGGUCGCUCGCGUACGGCGCCGACGCUCAGCUGGCGGCAGCGCCCGUCGCCGUGCCGUACGCUGAGGCGAUCGUGGCGCGCGAUGCCGAUGCCCACGCGGAGGCGCCGACGAUGCGCGCACUCGCCGCGUGGCAGGCCGAGCAGCCGCCCUGGGCGACGCGGUGCGUAGUGCCUACUGACGCCAGGACCUUUGUGCCGCUGGCGUAUCCUACCGAGCGGCCGUACCCCGACUACUUGUACGGCCUCACAUCCGCGGGCCGCGCGCUCCCUGGCGCUGACGCAACGCAGCCGUCGGCGGUGACGUCGAUGCCCUGCGUUGCGUCGCUGCGUGCGUCGCCCGACACGCUCGCGAUCGUCGCGCGCGCACGCGCCUGGGUGGUCGAGGUGCUGGAGGGCCACGCGCCGCUGGCUGCGUACGGCCUGGACGAGGGUAUGGACCGCGAUGCAGUGCUCGAGCUGCGCGAGACGCUCGAGCGGCUGAGCGAUGCGUAUGGCACAGAGCCCAUGGACGCUGCGGAGCCGGGCACCGACGAGGAGUGGGUGGACGACGCCUGGGACACCGCGGCCCUUGGACGCGCCGCGGUACACGGUCUCGAUGAUAUCGAUCAUCUCCUGCUUGCUGUCGAUGGCCCAGUUGCUGCCUCGUACAUCUUGUUAAAAUCGGGCACCUGCGUCGUAUCGACCAGCGGCGGCGACGCACCCAGUCAUGCCCAAAGCGCAGAACGACCACGCGGUCUUCCUCCGACAAAAUCGCCUGGUCGACAUGCCACCCUGCGCUCGAUCCCCGUGCGUGCUGCCUUCUGCCGAUACAUGUCGACGCAUCUAGCCGACGCACACUGCGUGCCAUGCUCGAAGAAGGCGAUCCGCGAGCUCGGCCUGCAGCGGCUCAGUGAGGCGGACGCGACCGCCAAGCUCAGCGAGCUCGAGCCCGGCUGGGCGCUGCGGCCGCAGCCUCCUGCGCACGCGACGGCAUCGCCCCUGCCGCCUGCGCUGCACAAGGUGUACCGCUUCCGUAACUUUGCGACCGCGGCCGCGUUCACACAGGCCGUCGGCGAGGCCGCCGACGCCCAGGGCCACCACCCCGCGCUCCUGCUCGAGUGGGGCAGCGUCGCCGUGUGGUGGUGGAGCCACGCACUCGAAGGCGGGCCCGGUGGAGGCCUGACCUACCACCAUGACGCCGGCCCCGCCGCUGUGGAAGCGCCCCGGCCUCGUGCCGGCUCGCUUCGUGCCGGCCGUGUUCCGCGACGUGCUCGCCGGUACGUGUGGUGCGCUGAUGCAGACUACCUGGAGCGGAGCGCGGACCCGCUCCUUCCGCAUGCGUGGGCGCCGCGGUACGCGUGGAUGCGCAUGGCGCUGCUAAGCGAGUUUGUGCUGCAGGUGCCUGCGUUCGUGCUGGGCCUGUAUGCGCUGUGGACAACCUACGGCGCGAUCGGUACGCUGCUCCACUCACGCAGCUUGCUUUACGACGCUGCAGUGCAUCGCGAUGGUCACUGUCGGCGAGGAGCGGCAGCUGCUGUCGAGUGCCCACGUGCGCUUCCUUCUGCAGUGCGUAGCGAGGACUCACGCAGAAACUACGUGCCGUUCAUGGUGAUUCCUGGCCUGCUGUGCAUCGACAUGGUCGUGCGCACCGCCCGGUUGCUACCAGCGCCGCGAACGGCGCACGCCAAGGCCGCCUAG